AUGCGCUUGAAGAGUAAUGCCAGUGGAAACGAAAUUGCCGCGGGUCAAUAUCUUCAUCAAAGAAGAUGCGAGUCGGAGGGCCAGAAUUCACCACCUGAAAGUCGCAAUAGUACCGUUCCAUGUUGCCUCGCAGCCAACUUGUACCAGAAGUUGAUGCGAGAUACAAGCAUCUUACAGACCUAUGAUAAGGUUGAGAACUGGGUGGGCACCUGUGGUAGGCGGGAAGUGGAUGGAUUGCGCCCAUUGGAUGGUAGUCUUAACGUGUCGAUUAGACGGCAUGCAUUGAUAAUGUGCAUAUCUCUACGCAACAAAAUUGAAGUUGUGAUUCUGAUCGCGGGUCGCGGGAGUGAAACGCCCCGUGGCAUGGCCUUUGUGAACAUGACCGCGUAG